AUGGCGUCUUUCGCGGCCGACAGAGUCUAUAAAGAGCGCAUUCUGCGUCGCUCGUCUUCGCUCGUUUCUAUUGACUCACUCGCUACUUUACUAAACGCUCCUGCGUUCAUCGCUUUUAAGGAAGGCGAUCACUCGAUAAAGAAGAUGGGAGCACGUCUUAGGAAGAAAUCCAUUUCGAUGCCCAAGGCGAAGACGGCUACGUCGUAUUCCACAUCGUCUACAUCCACCGCUCCAGCACCGCUCCCAGCACCGUCUAUCUCACCUUCCCGCCACCAUUCCAUCUCGUCCGCAUUGCACAACGUCGCAUGUCUACCACGCAAGGCUUCCCGCCUCAUGUGUAUCGGUGAUCCCUCUGACCCGAAUGUGUCUAAGGUCAGACGAGAGGGUACUCGGAGAGAAAACGUAUCUGGAGCAGAACGGGCAAGCGUCGUCCAUCACGCAGGUUCAAACUCGGGUUCAGAUACUUCUUCCGUAUCCAACUCCAGGCCUGCGUCGGAAUCGAGUGGGUACAACGCGAGUUCGAGCUGUGUGGCUUCGCAUACUGCACCGACUACCCCCUCGUCAACGUCUAUCUCGGAGCAGCACAAGCAUGGGCAGAAUCAAGUGAUGACGGUUAACGCGGGACCUAUUAUCUCACCGGAGGAGCUUGCACGCGCUUUGUCGUGUCAGUCGAUUAUUUCGUCAGCGCAAGACUCGUCAAAGCAGGCUUCGUCCGCACCACAAAAGCUUACGGGGAACACGGGGGCAAACUCAAGCUUAAAAGCGGCACCGGUAACGAACGUGAAGUCCAUUCCCUCGAAUACAAAGUCGAAGAACGUCCAUAAUCUCCAGCUUUCUUCGCGCAACGCUAAUCACGGUCCAAACAAAAGCAACGAAGUCACGUAUCCUACCCCCGAAGAAGAUCCGAUACCCAGCCCUCGUCCGCUCUCCCCACCACCGGAGCAUUUCCGUCGUCGCGAGCGCGUGCUCAGCGCGUCGGGACAGAAGGGUCCAUAUGCAUCCCCUAUACACUCUCCGGAUACGUCGCCGAGCUUUAGAACGCUGCCGUUGAUGGGUGACGAUGAACGUGCGUACGACGCAAAAUCCGUGGACGGAGGACUACAGCAACCACAGCCACUAAGACUGCAUAAUCUCCUCUCGAGCGAGUCUCUUAUCGAGACACCUUUAAGUCUGUACAACGGAGAACUCGAUCAGGACUCAGACAGCAAACCCACCAAAAGCUCGCAUAAGAGAUCCAGGAACAGCAUUGACGUUUCUGUGAACUUGAAUGGAGGCAAAAGCAGAACGUCCACGAAAGACUUGGGGAAGCAUUUUGGUGUUCCCGCCUCCGCUUUGCCUCUUGGUACUGCCAAAAGUGCUAAGCCUGGUCCAGGGGGGGCAGAAGGGUGUCCAGACCAGAACGGCUCAAGUGCGGAAUGCAAAGAGCGUUCUGGGUCUGGAUGA